GUAUGCGACGGCAACCUCGACGCCAGGAAAUCCCCAUGGCACGACCCGGGCAAUGCGCUGCGACGCCCAGGCUGGAAGAAAGCUUUGUAUUCCGACAACGCGGAGUGCUUCUACGACGCCGACGGCAACCUCGCGAGGCAGCACUACGUCGGCGCGCCCGCCCUUGACGAAACCAUCACGAGGCGCUACACCGACGACGCGUUCGAGCAUAAGGCUAGCAUCCUCAAUCAAGACAUAGCCGACCUGAACGACAACAAAAUGGCCGAAUCUGCGCGAUCCGACAGACCCAGCGGCCACCUCGCGAACUUGCCACUGUCCAACCAGGCCGGCAACUUCGUGGCCAAGGAGCGGGGCCCCGAG